CCGUGUAUGCGCUCUAUAAUGUGUAAAACAAAAACAAUCAAAAUCGUAUGUGCAGCACCGUUUAUUGUCGAUAACAGUAUAUUAUUAAUACAAAUACCUACGUGUGUAGACAUUGUGUAUGACGUGUGCCUUCUGUAAAAUGUGCAUUUAGUCGAGUCUCAGAGAUCCGGACUCCGGUCAGGCCGAGAAGUAUGUGUGCGAUAUAAAUAAAGGAACCGAGGCCUUUAUCAGUUCAGUAGAGCGACAUUAGCGGAAUUUACCAGCCACACGUUGUUUGAGUGAGGAAACGACACGUCGUUGCGUCUGGUUUACUGCUACCGAUAAAUUACAAUACUUAUAUUAGUACUUCUCAUUUCAAAUAAAAUUAAAAAAAUCACUUGCGUGUUUAGUACAAAUCAAUAAUAUUGUCAAUCAGGUUUACAGUAAAAACACACGUACCUCUCUAUGCGUUCUAGUAAAUUAUAUUCGCAAUCUUUGUGUGAAUGGACCGACCGUAGCGAACAAUGAUAUCACUGCCUUUGCGGUUUUUAGGUUUCCCAACAAUAGUCGUCAACCAAGUCGUUUUGUUGAGUAUUUUUAUCGUGUCGACGACUACUGCUUUGACACUCUUCACCGACGAAACCAUGGGUUCCAUCUACGGGGACGUCAGUUUGACUACAGUGGAAAUGCUUCGAAGAAGUGGAUACACUGUUGAGUGUCAUUCGAUCACUACCGAAGAUGGAUAUGUGCUUGAACUGCAUCGCAUACCUAAAAGCAAGUCUGGAAAAUUACCGUUCAGAAAUUAUCCAAUUUUUGUUCAACAUGGUAUAUUAGGUAGUUCAGCCGAUUGGGUAUUGGGAGGAGCUGAUGUAUCUAUAGCAACUCAACUUGCUGACCAAGGUUAUGACUUAUGGCUUGGCAACGCCCGAGGAAAUACAUACAGCAGAAAACACGUAUCAUUAAAUCCAAAAAGCAAGGAAUACUGGGAUUUCAGUUUAGAUGAAAUGGGAUUAUUCGAUUUACCAGCUGUCAUUGAUCAUAUACUAUUAAUUACUAAAAAGGAACAACUGCACUAUUUAGGAUAUUCUAUGGGUACAGCAAUUUUUUAUAUAAUGUCAUCUGAAAAACCAGAAUAUCAAUCUAAGAUCAGAUCGCAGAUUAGUCUUGCGCCAGUAGCUUACUUGUCGAAUACCAAGUCUAUCCUAAAAUAUGUCGCUCCGCAUGUUCAACAAAUCAAAUUCCUAAUCAAAUAUAUGUCAAACGGAGCGUUUUUGCCUGAAAGCGAAAUGUCAAAGCUUAUUGCAGAAACUUUUUGUAGAGCACCAUAUUUGCAAAAAGAAGUAUGUGAAAAAUGUUUAAUAUUUGCAGUAUGUGGCACAGAUAUAAAUGAAUUCAAUACAGCUUUGAUUCCAUUGAUUUUUGGGCACUUUCCUGCUGGAACGUCAACAAAACUUGUGGAACAUUUUGCUCAAAUCAUAUUAAGCGGAGAUUUUAGAAAAUUUGAUUAUGGUCCGACUAAUAAUUUAAAGAUGUAUAACUGUACAACGCCACCUUCGUUUAAACUAAAUACAAUUAAUGUUCCAAUUACAAUGAUGUGGGCCGAUAAUGAUAUACUGGCUGACAAAAUCGAUGUUUUUAAACUGAGGGAUAAGCUGCCUAAUGUGAUAGACUGUAUAAAAGUUGACAGCCCUUGGUGCAACCACAUAGAUUAUAUGUGGAGUAAGAAGGUCAACGUACUUAUUAAUGAUCCUGUAAUUGCAAUAUUCAACAAGACCGACAGUAGCGAAUGGAAGAAUUCGCGUCCGGAAGUUUCAGAACAGGACGAAUACGAAACAAACGAUUUCACUGAAUCGAUUUGCUUAUCUCGCAAUGGAUCAAUAGUCUCAGACUCAGGCCAUUACAACAUCAAGAACGUGCCAAGCUUGGAUUUCUUGCUCAGCAAUCUCGAUACAAUUAUCGGAAAAGCAAUGCCACACAUUGAAGGAGUCUCUAAGCGAGCCAUAGAAUACGAAAAGGAACUACAGAAGAUUGCAGUUGGUAAUCUGAUAAAUUUGGAAAAGGCUUCAGAGAAAAAAACCUACGAACUACUGAAUACCAUGAACACAAAUGUUCAGCUGGUCGAUAGGGCAGUCAAAGAUAGUACCAUUAAGUCGCAUCAUUUUGUCGAGACAAACAUCAAAAUGGUUAGCACGAAUAUACACAGAGAAGUCGACAGGGUCGAAAAAACAGUGAUAGAGAAAUAUACAAAAACCGAAGAAUUCGUCGGUAGAGGGUUCACAAUGGCCAACAUUGCUGUGCAUACGAAAAUCAAUGAACUUAACCAAACUAUGAGUAACGUGUUCAGAAAAUUUAGGACACUCCUCAUGAUAAAGUGAAUACACAAUAAGUGCACUAAUGUGGAAGAAUAUUUAGAAUAGUAAACAUUUUACAGUAUAGUAAUUAAAUACUGUUAGUGUGUGUGAAUGUAGUGUCAUACCUAUAUACUAUAUGAAUUUGUAGUUUAAAUAAGAUAUAUUAUAUUAUAUCAUCUAAUAAUCAGCAAAAAUAUGACAAACAAAAUUUUUAAUUAAGAUUAUUUAUUUAUUUAGGAUAUUGUUUUUAUAGUACUUUAUUCAAUGAUCUAUAUUAUAUUAUAAUAUACAUUUUUUUUUUACUUAGCUAUAUAUUUAGUGUUAAAAAUAAUUAAUAGUUGAAUAUUACUUAGUUUAGAAUAAUAUGAAGAACUAAGGAAAAUUGUCCAUUUAAACCUACCACUAACAUAAUUUAUCUAGUUAUAACAGACUAGUAGAUAACAUUCAAAAUAAACGUUAAAUUUUUCACACUAUACAUUAAUAAUAAGCAUAUGUCUCCUAAAUAAUGUUGGCUUCAUUUUUGAAACAUAUAGUUUUUAUGAUAUCAUUUUUUAAAAAUAAUAUUGUUUUAAAGGUAGUAAUAUUUUAGAAAAUUAAUAGCCAUUACAACAUAGAACAUGUUUGAUGCAACCUAUUUUUCUUUAUUUUUAUGAAUACAAUUUCAAUGUUUUUUUUUCUACUAGUAAUCGGGUUUCAAUUUUAACUGUUAGUUAUGUCAAUGGUAUUUUAAUAACUUUUAUGAUAUUUAUGAUACUCCAAAACAUCUGUUAGUAGAGAGUUCUGACAUGAUACAAAACAUCCCCCCCAUAGAGAUUCUAUAAAUUGCAAAAUUUAUAAAAUCACUUAAAAAUGUUUACCAAUUAGGUUUCAAUAUAUUAUUUCAUCAUAA